GAGAAAGAAAGAAAGAGAGGGAGCGGGCGAUGCGAACCGCUGACCUAAGCCUGCCAAGAUGAUGAGAAUAUAUGGAUUUUAGAUAGCUCUUCAGAUUCUCGCUUCUCUCUUAUACCAAAUGCCUUUUUCGGUUUCACUCCAUUUCUAUCAGCUUCUCUUUCUCUCCCGCUUUCGAUUCUCAGCUUCUUCAACCCACUCACCCUUCUCGCUGGAAUAGCUUUCAGGCUGCGAGGAUGUCAACUCCGGCCAGGAAAAGGCUGAUGAGAGAUUUUAAGAGGCUGCAACAAGAUCCUCCUGCAGGCAUUAGUGGUGCUCCUCAAGACAAUAACAUAAUGCUUUGGAAUGCUGUAAUAUUUGGGCCUGAUGACACCCCGUGGGAUGGAGGUACGUUUAAGUUGACGCUCCAAUUUACAGAGGAUUAUCCAAACAAGCCACCCACCGUCCGCUUUGUUUCUCGAAUGUUCCAUCCAAAUAUUUAUGCUGACGGAAGUAUUUGCUUGGAUAUUCUGCAAAAUCAGUGGAGUCCUAUCUAUGACGUAGCUGCCAUACUUACCUCUAUCCAGUCUUUGCUAUGUGAUCCGAACCCGAACUCUCCUGCCAACUCAGAAGCUGCCCGGAUGUUCAGUGAGAACAAGCGCGAGUACAACAGAAGAGUACGCGAGAUUGUCGAGCAAAGUUGGACUGCUGAUUAGUUAUGUUUUCAGGACGGACCUGAAAAGUCCGGUCCCCAACAGCCUGUUUAUGGCUCUAGAAAGGCGAUCGUGUUUUGAAACCUUGUUUGUUUGUUAUGGGAUGUGUUUCUAUGGACAAGCUAUUUGUGGUUAGGACCUGCCUUCUUUUAAAACUUUAGCUUAUAGCUCAAGACACAUGCAUACCAAUCCAGCGAUCGGGUUAAAACUCUAGUUGUUUGGUAUGUUACGAAAGACAGACGUGUAAUGUAAUUUACAAUUUUAUCCUUGAAACCUUCAACUUGGAAUCUUUUUGGUUU